GUGGCAGCGAACUGUACCUGCAUUGACAAAUUUGCGAAAAUUUUCGUCAAGUUCGAUACGGACCACAGUGGCAUUCUGGAUACCCCGGAGAUGGUCUCAGCGCUGAUGUCAGUGGGGAUAUCGAAGGACUUGGCCAAGAAGACUGCCAAGGCUCUAGACGUCAAUGGCGAUAAUUCGUGUGAGUACCUCGAGUUCACGGCCGCCUGCCUCUUGUCAAUGGAGGAAGAGUUUGACGAGCUGCUUCGGCAAGAAUUCCGGAUCCUGGAUGCCAAGCGAUCAGGAAAUCUGUCUCCCAAAGAGAUGGAACCACUGAUGCUGGAGCUCAAAGCUCUGGCAGCAUCCCGCGGCUUCACCAUUGAGGAGAUUGAUGCCGAUGGGGACGGCCAAGUCGAUUUUCAAGAGUUCUGCUCCUAUUUUGGCAGACCGAAUGUUUCAUACUCCAGGGCGUUGCCAAGGAAGGAUGGACCGAAUGGGCUCUCCAAAAUGCCUAUGAAACAGCAUGUGCGGAUCAUGGGUGGUCAGGGGAAGAGCAUUGAGACCAGCAUGGAGGCAAUUCGCAAGAGCACCGCUCCAUUGUCAUCCAUCAAGAAGGGAGAGAUUGAGCCUACUGGUGAUGAAUCUAUAGGAAAGAAGGCGCAAUCGGCACCUGAGCUACCAGAGGCGAAGAAGGUGACAGUGCAGGAAACCGAGAAGAGCAAGAAAAAGGCCCCCCCGACGACCAAGAAGAGCGACUCUGCACUGCCGAGCUCUGCCCCAACAUCGGCUGGCGAGUCGAAGCGGAG